AUGAGUGUAAAUGUGGUACACAGCAGAUCUAGAUGUGUGUUGACGUGUAUUAAGGAUGGGAAGAGACCUUUUGAUUUGGCUAUGAGGAAUGGUCACUUGUCUACAGCUGGUCGGUUGGUGUUGGCAGGUGAAAGAGUUGAAGAUCUUACAGUUGAGACUCAUCCUCUCGUGUUCCAUUGGGCAUGUAAGAACAAGAGAGUUGAUGUUGCAAGAAAUAUUGUGGAACAUCACGGAACAGAAUGGAAGGACAAAUAUGGUUAUGGUCGUGAUGCAUUGGAUAUUGUGGCUGUUUAUGACAACGUGGAAAUUGCUGACAUCAUCCUGAAGAGCAGACUGUCACACGGCAAUGAUGUGGAAACGACUACUCGAUGUGUCGUGUUACACUGGGCACACAAGAACAGUAGAGUGGAUGUGAUAAGAAAGAUUGUGGAGCAGGGAACAGAAGUGAAGGACGACUUGGGACGAACUUUACUUCACUAUGCUGCUGAUCAUGGCAACUGUGAUGUGGUUGAUGUUCUCUUGAGCAACAAGGCAAAUGCUGAUGCUACAGACGAUUAUGGGAAGAGACCUUUUCAUUUGUCUGUGAGGAAUGGUCACUUAUCUACAGCUGUUCAGUUGGUGUUGGCAAGUGAAAAAGUUGAAGAUCUUACAGUUGAGACUCGUCCUCUCGUGUUCCAUUGGGCAUGUAAGAACAAGAGAGUUGAUGUUGCAAGAAAUAUUGUGGAACAUCACGGAACAGAAUGGAAGGACGAAGAUGGUCGUGAUGCAUUGGAUAUUGUGGCUGUUUAUGUUGCAGUGGAGACUCGAUGUGUCGUGUUACACUGGGCACACAAGAACAGUAGAGUGGAUGUGAUAAGAAAGAUUGUGGAGCAGGGAACAGAAGUGAAGGACGAUGUGAGAAGUAAAAUUUGUCAAUCAUUUGUAUGA